AUGGGAGAAUCCCUGCCAGUAUCUCUGGGCAUCCUGCUCUGGUCCAUGGUCUCUGUACCAGUGAAGGGCUGGCGGCCACUCGUCUCUGGCAAGACUGAUCAGCUGUCCUCAGUGUCAGCCAGUGUGGGAGACACUGUCAAGAUCACCUGCUCUGGGAGUAGCAGCAACUUGUAUGGUUGGUACCAGCAGAAGGUCCCUGGUUCCCUGGUCCAGGCAGCACUGAGUCAUCUGUCCUCAUUGUCAGCCAACAUGAGAGAAACCAUCAAGAUCACUUGCUCAGGAGUUUGCAGCAGCUAUCCUUAUGUUGGCUGGUACCAGCAGAAGGUCCCUGGCAGUGCCCCUGUCACUGUGAUCUAUUGGAAUGACAGGAGACCCUCAGACAUCCCUUCGCGAUUCUCCGGAUCGCAGUCCGGCUCCACGGCCACAUUAACCAUCUCUGGGGUCCAAGCCGAGGACGAGGCUGUCUAUUUCUGUGGUGGCUACGACGGCAGCAGUGCUGGUGGGGGCUUAAACGUGAGUCAGGGUCCACGGCACAGCCCCAUCAUCGUGGGGACGCGGAGCUGGUGGGAUCACACCGUGGCCUGGGUCCCUCUCCUCCUCGCGGUGCUCGCCCACACCUCGGGUUCCCUGGUCCAGGCAGCGCUGACUCAGCCAGCCUCAUUGUCUCACAAGGUGGGAGACACCGUCAAGAUCACCUGCUUGGGUAGCAGCUACAACGACUAUGACUGGUACCAGCAGAAGGUCCCUGGCAGUGCCCCUGUCACUGUGAUCUAUCAAAACACCAACAGACCCUCAAACAUCCCUUCGCGAUUCUCCGGAUCCAAGUCCGGCUCCACGGCCACAUUAACCAUCUCUGGGGUCCAAGCCGAGGACGAGGCUGUCUAUUACUGUGAUAGCUUCGACAGCAGCAGUACUGUUGGUAUAUUCGGGGCCGGGACCAUGUUGACCGUCAAAGGCCAGCCUAUGAUCGCUCCCACCAUCCAGCUCUUCCCGCCGUCCUCCAAAGAGAUCUCGGAGGGGAACAGAGCCACCCUGGUGUGUCUGCUGAGUGACUUCUACCCCAACAGAGUGGAAGUGGAAUGGUCUGCUGACGGCACUGUCCUCAAAAACGGUGUGGAGACCGGUCAACCCCAGCGGCAGAGCAACAACCGGUACACGACCAGCAGCUACGUGAUACUGGAAGCCAGAGAUUGGCAAAGUUACAGUUCUGUCUCUUGCAAGGCCAAGCACGAGGCUGGCGAUGUGGUAAAGACGGUGAACAGAUCCGAGUACCUCUAA